GUGCUACUUCUACUUCGGAUUGCCACCGGUCUCGCCACCACUCCCGGCGCCUCGAACCAUCAACCUGUCGCAAGAGGUCGCGGGCGGUCCGAUCGGUGGUGCCGUGCGCGAUGGCGGCGCCGCCUACCGUGCGGGGCUACGGGCCAGCGUCGCCGUCGUCGUCGGUGGCGCUGCCUCGGGCGCGAUCGCGGGUGCCUGCGUCGCUCGUGCCCGUGCCGACGCGGCGGGCGCCAUCGGUGCGCCUGCGUGCGGCGGUCGCGGACGUGCCCCGCGGCGGCCUGCAGCUCCAGCGGCGGGAGGUGGAGGUACUGUCGGGGACCGUGUUCGGCAGAGAAGAGGAUGAGGUGUUGGAGAAGGUCGGGGAGGAGAAGGUGGACGGGUGGAUACGGGAGUCGAUCGCGGAGAUCGUGCGGCACAUAGGCGAGGCGCCGUUCCUGGUGCACCUGUUCAGCAGCGGCGACGGCGACGGCGAGCACGUGACGGUGCGGCGGGAGACCGCGGCGCCGGAGAGCUGGCCGGACGUGCGGCGCCGGUGGGGGAUGGGCGGGCAGCGGAGGCCGGACGGGGUCAUCCUGGUCGAGCAGGUGGCGGCCGUGGCCGUGGACGGCGGCGCCUCGGCGUCGGAGGCGGCGCGGCAGGUGUGGGGGCUGGUGGUGCAGGCGCGCGGCAUGGAGCACGCCUCGUGUUACGUGCUCGACACCUGCCGCGUGCGCUCGUCGGCCGGGUUCUGCACGCACUUCUGCCUCGCGCGGGCCAAGUGCUUCGGCGACCCCGUCGAGCUCCAGCUCCGCAACGCCUGGCUCAACCGCCUCGCCGGCCGCCGAUAGCCGCCACCCGUGGCCUCGGCUACCACUGGACUGAUAGUAUUAGAUGCGCCAAGGACCAAACGCAAUGACGAUGGGUCCUCUUCGCUGGCAAGAACGAGGAAGAGAAGCACGCGAAAUCAGAAUCCAUCAAAUCUUUUCGUUCAGUUCUGUUUCUCCCUGAAUUGGAGUUGGAGAUCAUGUGUACAGAUUAUUGGCUGUAAUUCUUACUGGCGUUCUUCGCUUAUUC